GAACCGGAGAACAGACAGAUCAGAACCGGAUCAGAACCGGAGAACAGACGGACCUCCUGGGUGAGGAGAGCUGAGGCGGCACAUUCAUGAAACAAACUACCAGCAGACAGCUUCUCCCCUUCAGGACUCCUCAGAUCUGAUCCCAGAGCACCCGGGGGGGACUGGCCCCCUCAGUCAGCUGAUCUGAAACGUCUCCGUGGAAACAAAGAUGGAGUCCAUGAAAGUCAGAUCCACGAACCUCCAGGAAGAGUAACAGACACUGAAGGAUGGGGGACAGAGAGGGAGGAUGAAGGAGAGAACCAGAACCGGGACAGAACCCGACGCCGGGACCACCUGAAGCUGGACUUUAGGUCUGAAUGGGACCCGGCGUACAGAACCAGGACUCUGAUUUUAAUCUGGGCUGCUCUGAGACACAAAGCGACUGAAGACUGAGGGUGGGAGCUGGAGGAUGAUCUGAGGCUGCAGUGACCUUUGACCCGGCCUCAGGUGCUUCUACAGGUGCUGGGAUGCAGCUGAACCGACCUCGCAGCACCCUGCUGGCCGUCGGGGGCCCGCCUCCCUCCUUCUCCAGCCAGUUCAGCACCAUGAGGUUCUCCUAUCACCUCCACACUGCAGCACAUGGCUGCAACAGCGCCCCCCACAGGACAGGCCCCGCCUCCUCCACCAGCCCCAGCCUGCUGGCUAAGGGCCUCUCUCUGGAGCCGUCCUGCUCUCCUUGUGGCCACCAGGGGGUGCUGGAUGGUGACACUCCGCAGUCUGACUCUGAACCGGGGUCCGGUUCUUUGGAGGAAGGUGCGGAGCCAGUGGAUUGCUGUGUUUCUGUGAACGACACGGGUCCACCAGAACUGCCAGCUACCACGGUAACGGCGCCGAACCGGGUCCGCCCACCGCUGCCGGGACCUAAACCUCAGGUCCCCCCGAAGCCCCCCCACCUCCAACAGCAGGCUGGACUGAUCAGGCCACGCCCCCGAAUCCAAGAGAAGCCCCCACCGCCUCCAGCCCCCUGCAGACCUCUCCCCACAGACCCCCGGGGUGGUUGGACACCUCCCACUCGGACCGAUGGCACCGCCUCCCCCACCUGCGUCCUGUCGCUCAUAGAGAAAUUUGAGCGAGAGCAGAUCAUCGUGGUUCCUGACAUCACCGGGGGGGCUCUGUGUCCCCGCCCCCUGGACCCCCCCACCUCCCGAUCUUCAUCCCCUCUAUCGUCUGCCUCGCCCGCCCCCUCCCGACCCGAGGGGGUGGAGCCAGAUAGGGACCCUGCAGGCGGUGGGGAUGGCGAGCUGUGUGAUGAAGAUGAGGAUAAUGAGGAUGAUGAUGAUGAGGAGGAUGAAGAGCUUGUGGCAGCGUGUCGUGACGAUGUCCAUCAGAAGCGCCUGUCCAUGGAGUCAGGUUACAGCGCCUCUGAGAAGAACCUUGACGAUGAUGUGGUUACCGUGGAAACGGAUGACCAGCAGCCACAGAUACUCCUCGACCAAUCAGAGCUGCCCUCUGAGCGUCUGUCCCUCCCCUCCUCCCAGACGGACGGGAAGCUGGCGAACCGAGACAGCGGCAUUGACAGCAUCAGCUCACCGUCUCACAGCGAGGAGCUCUGCUUCGCCAGCGUGGACGAUGGGGGCGUGGCCUAUCCAUGCAGCCCCGCCCUCCUGCCCCGCCUCUCCAGCUCCUCCUCUACCACCGGGGAGGGGGAGGAGAGGGUGGCCAGGGGAGGGGAGAGGAGGAGGAGGGAGUUCUCCGAGGAGGGAGAUAGCGACCUGGAGGAGGAGGCGGAGCUAACCAUGGUGCUGGUCCCGCCCAAAACAGACAGACAGGACUCUGUGGAGCUGUCUGUCCAUCAGAGGGUCUUCAACAUCGCUAACGAGCUGCUGCUCACAGAGAUCGCCUACGUGUCAAAGCUCCACCUGCUGGACCAGGUUUUCUGUGCCAGACUCCUGGAGGAGGCGCGGUCCCGUUCCUCCUUCCCGUGCGACGUGGUCCAGGGGAUCUUCUCCAACAUCUGCUCCAUCUACUGCUUCCACCAGCAGUUCCUGCUGCCUGCACUGCAGAAGCGCAUGGAGGAGUGGGACUCCAACCCUCGGAUCGGAGACAUCCUCCAGAAGCUGGCUCCUUUCCUGAAGAUGUACGGAGAGUAUGUGAAGAACUUUGACCGAGCCAUGGAGCUGGUGAACAUCUGGAUGGAGAGGUCCACUCAGUUCAAGGCCAUCAUUCAGGAGAUCCAGAGGGAGGAGCGCUGCGGGAACCUGACCCUGCAGCACCACAUGCUGGAGCCGGUCCAGAGGAUCCCCCGCUACGAGCUUCUGCUCAAAGACUACCUGAACCGGCUGCCUGAGGACGCCCCGGACCGCAGGGACGCCCAGAAGUCUCUGGAGCUGAUCGCCACGGCCGCAGAACACUCCAACGCCGCCAUCAGGAAGAUGGAGCGAAUGAGGAAGUUGUUGAAGGUGUACGAGCUUCUGGGAGGAGAGGAGGACAUCGUUAACCCGACUAAUGAGCUCAUCAAAGAAGGACACAUCCUCAAACUGUCCAAUAAGAACGGCACCACGCAGGACCGAUACCUAAUCCUGUUUAACGACAGACUGCUCUACUGUGUCCCAAAGCUGCGUCUGAUUGGCCAGAAGUACAGCGUCCGAGCUCGCAUCGACGUGGAAGGCAUGGAGCUGAAGGAGACGAGCGGCGUUGCUGUUCCCUGCAGGACGUUCCUGGUGUCUGGGAAGCAGAGAUCUUUGGAGCUGCAGGCCAGGACCGAGGAGGAGAAGAAGGACUGGAUCCAGGCUAUCCAGGCCACCAUUCAGCGCCACGAGCAGACGAUGGAGAGCUUCAGAUACCUGACCUGUUCGCUGCGUGAUGACGAGUCCACCCCGCCUCACUCCCCGAGUUGCGUGGAGUUGGGAAAACGAGCUCCAACCCCGAUCAGAGAGAAGGAAGUAACUCUGUGCAUGAAGUGUCAGGAGCCGUUCAACUCCAUCACCAAGAGACGGCACCACUGCAAAGCCUGCGGACACGUGGUUUGUGGAAAAUGCUCCGAGUUUCGCGCUCGUUUGUCGUACGACAACAACCGGACCAACCGUGUUUGUGUAGACUGCUAUAUCACUCUGGUGGGAGUCUCGCCUUCGCCAGGAGGACUGAGCAGCAGCACUCAGAGGAGGCGCUCCAUCCUGGAGAAACAGGCCUCGCUGGCAGCAGAGAACAGUGUGAUUUGUAGUUUUCUUCACCACAUGGAGAAAGGAGGGGGGCGCGGCUGGCAGAAGGCGUGGUGCGUCAUCCCUGAAAACGAGCCGCUGGUGCUCUACAUCUACGGCGCUCCACAGGAUGUGAAGGCGCAGCGUAGCAUCCCUCUGAUUGGCUUUGAGGUCUCUCAGCCUGAGUCAUGUGAUCGCCUGGAACGGCGACACGCCUUCAAGAUUUCCCAGAGUCACCUGACUCUUUACUUCAGCGCAGAGGGGGAGGAGCUACAGCGCAGAUGGAUGGACGUCCUAUCGAGAGCCGGCAGAGGGGAGGAGCCUUUGAUCCAUCAGCCAAUCGUGGAGAGCGUGGAGGAAGAAGGGGAGGAGCUUAGUGCUGAGGUGGAAGGAGAGAACACUUGAUUUUACUGGAGCUAAAACGUUGAAGUUGAUGAUGAUGACGCAUCAUGAAAGUCUGUCCUGAUUGGAAAGCAGAAUACGAUAACUAGAUCCUGAAAGAGUUUACAAUUUACCCAAAACCAAACCGCAAAGCAAACCUAGAACCACAAGUCAAUCUGAGCUCACAACAGUUAAGAUCUAAACUAAUCCAGGAACAAACCAGGACAGCUAGAAGAAAUCUAGAACUAAUUCACGUAUCAUCCAAAUCA